AUGUCAUUGGAUGCAACGGCAGGAAGCUCGCUAAUGGGGCGCUGCGCCUCGAAAGCGAGGGCUUUGAUAGAAAAAAUGGCGGCCAAUCAGUCAAGUUGGCCAGAGUCCAACAGGCCCGAGCCAUCGAGGGGUCUAUACCAGGUUCCUGCUUCCGUUUCUCAUGAUGCAAGGAUCGACAGUCUAUCGAUCCAAGUCAAGGAGCUGUCUAAGCUCAUCAAGCAGGACCUGCGUAAUAAAGGAAAACAGGCGCUGCACAAGGCCGCGGAAUGUGAGGAAAGAGCUUUUGAAGACCAACAAGGUCCGCAGGUUGCUGAGUGCUCAACUAAAGAGGCUCAGAACCCAACGGAGGUCUACUAUAUGGCUGGCAUAAAUGCCGCUCAAUUCCAGCAGUUCCAAAAGUGGCAGGCUCAAGGCCCCGCUAGACUGCGUCCUCAGCAACAAUUUCAGAGGCCACAACAGUUCGCUGCGCAACAAUAUCAUCAAGGGGGCUAUUAUCCAAAUCAACAGCAAUACUUUCAAGCCCCCCACUUUCCGCAGCAGGCACCUGCAUUCGCUCAACCUCCCACAGCGGGCCAAGCACCGCUGAGUCUGGAGGAGCUCUGGAGGAACACAGAGCGAGCAAAUCAGGAGUUCCAAAGAAAUAUUUCUGCCUCGACCAAAAUGCUGGAAAUACAAGUCGGGCAGAUAGCUGAAGCUAUAAAACUAAAGCAGAAAGGAACGUUGCCUGGGAGAGUCGAGACUGUCCCAAAUCAAGCGAAGGCCAUCGAAACAAGGGGAGGGAAGCGGACACAAUCACCACCGCUGCCAGACAUAGGUAUUAAUCAUUCUCCUAACCCUUUUGUUGCUAACAUGCCUGUGCAGGAUGAAGAUACACAGAUUCCGACUGGGGAGGAAGGUCCAUCCCAACCGCGAGCGAUACCAGCCGCUCGGGUGCCUGAACCGAAGGAAAAGGGCCCCGCUCAGCCUUUGGCUCAAGCCCCCUUUCCCACACGACUUGGGAAGAAGGACAACUCCAAGAGAUCUGAUAAGUUUGUGCAUACUUUUCGUAGUCUUCAAAUUACUAUACCGUUUUCUGAUGCUUUGUCACAGAUGCCACAUUACGCUAAGUUCAUCAAAGAUAUAAUCAACCGAAAGCGGGCAUUCCCUGACGAAGCGGCAGCGGUGUAG